GGGCAAGAACCCCGUACGUCAGAGGAAGCUGCCGUAUGCUGAAUUCAGAGCCUUGACCUGUUUUGCCCACUGCUGUUGACCCUGGCUGGCAGAAGCUCUCCAAGGUUUCAAGGCAGGAUUUUCCCAGCCCCGUUUGGAGAGGCUGGAGAUCGAAUCUGGGAGUUACUGCAUGCAAAACAGGGGCUCUACCCACUGAACUACACAGCCCUUCCCUCUGGACUCUGGUUUGCAGUGAAGAACAAAGCCUUUGAGAUCCCCUGAAGUUUUGCUUUAUGGGCUGCAUAAAAUCCAAAGAAGUUGGCCUUCGUGGAAAGAUAUCACGAACCAAUUCGAACUCCAGUCUCCAGGGACGUUAUGUGGGUGACCCCACAGGAUUCAGGUUCAAAAUGGGAAACAAAGUUAACAAGCCUAUCAAACCUAUCAAGCCUCCCAAACCUCCCAAACCUGAUGGACCGGAGGACUUCAUUGUGCUGGCCCUGUACGACUAUGAAGCCAUAAACAAGGAGGACUUGAGCUUUCAGAAGGGUGAACACCUGAAAGUGCUGGAGGACUCAGGCGAGUGGUGGAGAGCCAAGGCAUUGACAACUGGGGAAGAGGGCUACAUUCCUAGCAACUACGUCGCCAAGGUCAACUCGUUGGAGACAGAGGAGUGGUUUUUCAGAGGCAUCAACCGAAAGGAUGCAGAGAGGCAGUUACUGGCUCCUGGAAACGUCAUUGGCUCCUUCAUGAUCCGAGACAGCGAAACGACCAGAGGGAGCUACUCCCUGUCCGUGAGAGAUUUUGACCCCCAGAACAAAGCGGACAAGGUGAAACAUUACAAGAUCCGGACGCUGGACAGUGGCGGCUUCUACAUCUCCCCGCGGAGCACCUUCAGCACCCUGCAGGAGAUGGUCAGCCAUUACAAGGCCCAAAGUGACGGGCUGUGCCAAUCGCUGACCUUCCCGUGCCUCGCGCCGAAGCCUCAGCAACCCUGGGAGAAGGACGCUUGGGAAAUCCCCCGGAACUCCCUGAAGCUGGAGAAGAAAUUGGGAGCAGGGCAGUUUGGAGAAGUCUGGAUGGCUACCUACAACAUGCACACAAAAGUGGCUGUGAAAACCAUGAAGCCGGGGAGCAUGUCCGUGGAAGCUUUCCUGGAGGAGGCCAACAUCAUGAAGACCCUGCAGCACGACAAGCUGGUCAAACUCAACGCUGUGGUCACCAAGGAAGAGCCCAUUUACAUCAUCACGGAAUUCAUGGAGAAAGGCAGCUUGUUGGAUUUCCUGAAAAGCGAUGAAGGUCACAAACAGCAGCUCCCCAGAUUGAUAGACUUCUCUGCCCAGAUAGCAGAAGGGAUGGCUUUCAUUGAGCAGAGGAACUACAUCCAUCGGGACCUGAGAGCUGCCAACAUCUUAGUGUCGGCAAUGCUGGUGUGCAAGAUCGCUGAUUUCGGCUUGGCCAGAGUGAUUGACGAUAAUGAAUACACAGCCCGGGAAGGUGCCAAGUUCCCCAUCAAAUGGACCGCGCCCGAAGCCAUCAACUAUGGCUCCUUCACGAUAAAAUCUGAUGUCUGGUCCUUCGGGAUUCUCCUGAUGGAGAUAAUUACCUAUGGGCGGACUCCAUAUCCAGGGAUGUCGCACCAGGAAGUGAUACGUGGCCUCGAGCGCGGUUACCGGAUGCCGCGCCCAGAAGGUUGCCCAGAGGAGCUCUAUGAAAUUAUGGUACGGUGCUGGGAGAAGAAGCCAGAGGAGCGCCCCACGUUUGAGUACAACCAGAGUGUGCUGGACGAUUUUUUCACUGCCACAGAAAGUCAAUACCAGCAGCAGCCUUAAAACAGAUGGGUGACUAGACAGCAGAGGAAGAAGGUCACGGACAGUUGGUGCGACAGAGAGUGAACAUUUUGACACGACCGUCCUGGGGGUAGGCAUUUUGCUGGACUAGAUUGACCCUUGGUCUGAUCCAACACAAGCAAGUCAUAGAAUCAUAGAAUAGCAGAGUUGGAAGGGGCCUACAAGGCCAUCGAGUCCAACCCCCUGCUCAAUGCAGGAAUCCACCCUA